UUUGGGGGGAAGAGGGAGCCGGCAGUGGGUGCUGGGCCUGGGGCAGGAGGAGAAGGGAAGGAGAAGCAGAAUUGAGGAACAAAAGGGUCAAACGAUGCAUGAGGGAGGAGAAGGUGGGAUUGUGCAGGAGAAGGAGGAAGAGGAGUGGGAGAAAGAGCAAGGACACUGGAUGUGGAGGAGGAGCAGAAACAGGAGGCACCACAAGGUUCCACUUCUCCCUGUAUCCGCAACUUCCCUGCCAGCCCCAGUAGCAUUCCCCCCCUACCAUGCAGCAGGUGACCGGGAAUUGGGAUCCACGAUUUUCCCGGGGGUGAAUCUUGGUGUUUCUGAGCUUUAUUGGGCUAAUUGCUUGUGCUUUGUUUUUUUGUGGGGGCUGAAUCUUUAUAUUUGGAAGGUGCUUUUGUUGAAUCUUGAUGUUUGGGAUGUUUUUGAUCUGUGUGUUGAUGUUUGGAGGACUUUUUUGCUGAAUCUUGGUGUUUUGGAGGUUCUUAGAGACACAAGAUGCCCAAUGACUUAAUGCGAUGAACUUGGGCAAGGAGGAGCUCCCAGUCCAAGGCACUCUCAUUUUGUUCUUUUCCCCAAACCAGGAUUUUUCAUUCCUAGGACGUGUGUGAAUGGAGCAGGAGGAAAAGCCCUGGAGAUUCCACACGAGGAGGGGCAGCAAACCCAGCCCAGGGAGCUGCGGGGAGGAAAGAGCCCCCCUGAGCAAGGAAGGCGGCCGGAGAUGCAGCCAGAGCUCAGAGCUGGUGGAGAAGCCCCAUGGCAGAGAGAAGCCCCACAAGUGCUUGGAAUGUGGGAAGGGUUUUAGUCGGAGCUUAGAACUGAUCCAGCACCAGGUGAUCCACACUGGGGAACAACCCUACGAGUGUGAGGAAUGUGGGAAGCGUUUCAGCUGGAGCUCCAGCCUGACGCGGCACCAGAGGAUCCACACUGGGGAGAGGCCCUUUGAGUGUGAGGAGUGUGGGAAGAGCUUCAGCCAGAGCUCCAUCCUGAUGCAACACCAGAGGAUCCACAUUGGGGAAAAGCCCUUUGAAUGUGGGGAAUGUGGGAUGAGCUUCAGGCAGAGGGGGAGCUUGAUGCAACACCAGAUGAUCCACAGCGGGGACCGGCCUUACAAGUGUGGGGAAUGUGGGAUGAGCUUCAGCCAGAAGGGCCACCUGAUGCAACACCACAGGAUCCACACAGGAGGAAAGCCCUAUGAGUGUGUGGAAUGUGGGAAGAGCUUCAGCCAGAGUUCCGGCCUGAGGAGACAUGAGAGGAUCCACACUGGGGAAAAGCCCUAUGAGUGUGGGGAGUGUGGGAAGAGCUUCAGCAUGAAAUGCAAGCUGACGGAACACCAGAAGAUCCACUCUGGGGAAAAGCCCUACAAGUGUGGGGAAUGUGGGAGGAGCUUCAGAGAAAGCUCGGCCCUGAUUUGGCACCAGGUGAUCCACAUGGGGGAACGGCCCUACACCUGCUUGGAAUGUGGGAAGAGCUAUGGGUGGCACACUGACCUGAGAAAACACCACCAGCGUGUUCACUCUGGGGAGAAGCCCUACAAGUGUCCCCAAUGUGGGAGGAGGUUUCACAGGAGCUCCGAUCUCCUCAUACAUGAGCGGAGUCACAGGGAGGAGAGGCCCUUCCGCUGCCCCGACUGUGGGAAGGGCUUCAAGCUAAACUCCCACCUCACCCUGCACCGGUGCAUCCACACGGGGGAGAGGCCCUACGAGUGUGGGGAGUGUGGGAUGAGAUUCUCAUCGAGCUCAAUCUUGACAAAACAUCAACGAAGGCGCCACUAAGGGAAGCCCUGUGAGUGCCCUGAGUGUGGGAAGAGCUUCGUGUGCUGCUCCAGCUCCAUCCCCCAUGGAGGAUCCACGUUGGAUGAUCGCCAGUGACCCCUGUUGGGCAGAGCCCUGGUGAUCUGUGGUCCUGGUGAUCCAAGUUGGAAGGCAUCUGUCUGGGGGGCUCCACAUCUUCCUGGUUCCCUGAGGGUACCUAGAUAAGCCCAGCAGCAGGAACAUCCAUCAGGAUGCAGACCUAUAAUGGGAAUUCCAUGGGGAGAGCAGAUUUGUCGACUUUCAACCCCAUAAAAUCUUUUGCAUUCAAUUCUAUCUUCCUGUGACAUCAAGGAGUAUUGAAUGGUCUUGGAGGUAUAUUCUGGGUUACUGUUUGGUGCUUGUAUCCCCAGUCUGUUCUGUUUAUGCUGAAUAACAAGUUUUGCACCUUCAAGACUUGUCCUGAGAGUGAAGGGGGAGAGAAGAAGCACGGAGUUUGUUUUCAGAAACCGCACUCACUCCUCCACAUUCAUGUUCCUGCACUGUGUUGUCUGUGGAUAGACAGACAGCGGGACAGAGCUCUCCUUUCCUUUUAGUUAGUUUUAGCUAGCUGAACCAAACAAGUUCUCUGGACUGUGGGGUUUUUCCCCUUUCUUUGGACCUGUUUAAACCUGCUCUGGCCUGAACACCAGAAGAGCAUGGGCAGCUCACACCUGUGGCCCACCGGGCUGGGCCUGGCCUGUGACAUUUCUGGCAUCAGAGGGAUUGAUAAGAGACUGAGUGAGCUGAGCCUAGAGACCAUGGAGGGACUUUGUGAGUUUGUGUCUCUUUUAGAGCGGCAAGAGGUUUUAUUGUUUAAUAAACAGUUUUUUCCGCUUUUCUCCAA